AGUAGAAACAGCCUCAGCUUGCUGCUGUUAGCACAGAGUGAAAUACUGACGAUGAAGACUUGCAAGUACAUUCUCCUUUCUGCCCUCUGGCUUAUAAAUGUCUCUUCAAAAGGGAGAGAGCUGUGUAACAGAACUGAGGUCAAGGCUCCACUUGGCUCUUCUGUGUCCCUGCCAUGCACCAUUUCAUCAAAUGGCUCCAACUGGGUCAAAUGGAGUCACAAGUAUGAGAAAGAUGAAGCAGGCGUGGAGCUGGUUGACCUCUCAUCUAAAGGCCUCAUCAAUUUCCUGGACCCCAGAUCCGGCAGAGUGAAAAUCUUUCCCAACCAGUUUUCAGAGAUGAACUAUGGCAUCAUCAUUGAUGAGCUCAAAGACUCUGACAUGGGAUCUUACUACUGCAAGCAAAACAAUGAAUGUUUUGAGGUGAAGUUGUUUGAAGAUGAAGGUGAGCAGUUUUCUGAGGAAACUUGUGGUAAAGAUUUUUGUGAAACAUACCAAAUCCCAGCAACACUCGGUUCUUCGGUGCUCCUGCCAUGCAACUUUGACACCGGUGCCUUUAAAUGGGUCACCUGGGUUCACUUAGAGAAGGGAGACAUGGUUCGUCUUUCUUCUGAAGGACGUGUUGAUUUUCAAAACCCAAGAUCUGGCCGAGUUAAAGCGUUUCCAAACCAAGCCUUAGAUGGGAACUACUCUACUGUCAUCGAUGAGCUUAAAAGCUCCGAUCUGGGGUCUUACUGCUGCAAGCAGAGGAGUAACUGUUUGCGAGUGGAGUUGCUUGGAGGCAAAAGUACAUUAAGCCCAGCGAUGCAGUUACUGAUCUACAGCAGUGGUGGUGUUGCUGCCCUCAUCUUAAUCAGUCUUUUUGGCUACUACUGCUGGAUAAAAUUCAAGCAGGGGGAGAUCAAUGGCAGCACAGCCUGAGAAUAAAAAGCAGGGAUGGAUAGAAAAAAAGCCAAAAGUUGUGGUUCCUGACUUCAUCCAUGGAUCAGAGCAGCAAUGAAUUACUAAGGACAUCAUUCACAACAAGACCACAGGCGUUCUUAACCAGCUGUACAGGAAUAAAGAGUCUAAACACCAUUUUAACUUGCAUAUAUGGACUGAUGUUGGUGUUUUUUAAGUCUAAAUGUACUGGAAUUUCCUAUAUGUUUUACAGUUAUAAAAGCUUCUUGAUAAAAUAAACAUAUAGCAUAAAAAUAUACUUGAUCCAUUCAUUUAGUCUAGUUGUUGAGAGUUAAAUACAAUGAAUGGGAUG